CGACAAUCGGUCAACUACAACAGUAUUACCAUUUUAUCCGCAAGGAAACGAAAAGUAGAAGGUGAGAGCUCGUUCCUGCUCAUCUGUUGCACGUAGCCAAUGAAAUAUUUUUGUGUAUUCAAUUCAGCAGCGCGAAGUAGGUCACGCGUCGAGCAUUGGUUUUGGGAAAGACAUCACAUGGCAGUGCGCUGAGGCGCGGCUUCCUAGAUGAAUACGAACUUGCGUGUAGCUGAUUCUGUGGCGGCUCUCCGGAUUCAGGCAACCACGGCGGGGUAGUCAACUUUUUGAACUGUAGUCAGUGGCGCCUAGAUUCGUCAUAUUCAACACUAGCUGCGAGCUCAGGGAGCAAACCUCGGGCAGAUUGUGCCGAUUCGCGAUGCGUGCUGGACUUCUGUAUCAUAAACAUUGUCCUUCUUUCCCACUCCUGAAAUAAAUGAGGAUUUAUUCAGCAAGAGCAAUUUCAAGCGUUCAUAGUUAUUUUUGUAGUGGUCCAGGAUUAGGUUGUGUAGCCGUGAGCCAAAGAACAGUACUCUAUUGAGGUAAGUAAAUACUAGUAAAAGUAAUACCAAGUAAACUUUUUGAUAUUUCACUACGACCUUCUCCAGGAAAUACGUCGCCUUUUCCGGGCGUUGCACUGGACAUGCGCUGGCAAGCUGUGUGCUUCUCGGCGGUGGUGUUGUAUCCGAGUGCGUCCGCCUGACAAGCGAGUUCACGGCACGAAUACUUUCGUUGCUUUUUGGUGCUCGCAUCGAACAACUGCGCACCCAAGCUCCAUGUUCGAUUCUCCCACGAAUUCAAGGCGUGCAUGCGGGGAUGCUCCGCUAUAGGCCCGGAUCCGAGGGGGCACUCGGGGCGGGAUUGCCGCAAGUGCUCGACGAAGAAGCGACGCUGGAGCAGACGAGACCUGCUACUCUUCUAAAUGCCGGUGAGCAAGGUGCUGUCAGCACCUCCAAAUCCAAAAUUCCAGUCGAAACAGAUUUGGAUCCGCUCUUGCAGAAAGGUGGCGCAGCCUCUAGUCUCGUCAGUGGUGGAGGAGACGCCCGCCAAAGCUCAGCCAACCUGAUAGCGCUAGCACAUAACAUCCUUCGUGCGGAAUUCGGCACGAUGCAGCCAGACCUUCUAGCAGAGGAUUUUCGCUUCGUCUUUCCGGUUGUAGGUCCGCUGAGCAAGCGCGAAUUUGUGGAGGCUUUUUCGAGUUUUCAGGUGCGCAACACGUUUCCCCAACUGCGAGGCAACUUCUUCGGCUUCCAGGUGGACCCGCUAGAGCCCGAUCGCGUCUGGUUUUUCAGUCGCGGCGACAUGCUGCAAACGGGUCCGUUAAAACUUCCUGGCCUCGGUUGCACAUUGGUGAAAGCAAAUUCGUCCAAGCGCGUGCUCACGCCGCCACAGAUCCUAAGCAUGAGUUUUCAUGCGGACGGCCGCUGCUAUCAACUGACUGGCGGCUACGUUGCAGAUCGAAUGGCUGGAACUUGUGACGGCUUAGGUGGCUUUUUCGGCGUACUUCACGCCUUAGGCAUAACUCUGCCUUUUCCCGAGGGGCGUCCAUGGAAACCUAGCCCUUUCUGGGAGGUUUUUAUCAUGCGGGCACAACAAAUUAUCCGUGAGUGGAGGCAACUUUAAAGGAUUUUCCGACUACUACGCCAGAAAGCUUGAAGUGUGACUUUGAUAAGACGACGCAUCAGUAGUUUCCGACUUUUCCUUUCGACAUCCUUUUCCUUUUCUGAUUUUAUGCUGGCUUAAGCCCACACGUGUGCAGUUUUGUCGAGGAAACAACACCUGUUGCUGGGCGUGCCGUGCCACACCCUUCCAACUCGAUGAUAUGACGCAGCUGUUACAUGCGCCUUGUUGCCAAUCUGUCUCUAGGAC